UGAUAGAGGCUGCUUACAGAAGCACACACACAUCAGUCUGCUUUAUUUUCAUCAUCACCAUCAGUCUUCUGUCAUCCGUCAAUCAUGCACAGCAAAGAACAAAUCAGUCAUGAGGAAUACCAGAAAGCAGCUGAUUGGUUGAUGUCUCGGACAAAGCACCGCCCCCAGGUGGCGAUCAUCUGCGGAUCAGGACUGGGCAUGCUCGCUGAUACCCUUAAGUGUCAGGACUCCUUCGCUUACUCUGACAUACCCGGCUUCUCACAGAGCACAGUGCAAGGUCAUGCAGGUCAGCUGGUUUUUGGGGAGCUGAAGGGGAAGACAUGUGUGUGCAUGCAGGGUCGCUUCCACAUGUAUGAAGGGCACUCACUCUGCAAGACAACAUUUCCAGUUCGAGUCUUCAAGCUGUUGGGGGUGGAGACUCUGAUCGUGACAAACGCUGCCGGCUCGUUGGCCGACUUCCUCCAACCUGGUGACAUCAUGAUCAUCAAAGACCACGUCAACUUCCCCGGAUUGGUCGGUCUGAACCCGUUGUGCGGACCCAACAAUGACAAGUUUGGGCCACGUUUCCCAGCCAUGUCAGGAUGCUAUGACAAAGGUUUGCGUUGCCUAACAAUGGAAAUCGCGAAGGAGCUGGGCGUGGCCGGCCUCAUGCAGGAGGGUGUGUAUGCCAUGGUGGGUGGGCCAAACUUUGAAAGCAUCGCUGAGGCCAGACUGUUGCAUCGACUGGGGGUGGACGCUGUCGGUAUGAGUACGGCUCCUGAGGUCGUCGUGGCGACUCACUGCGGUCUGAGAGUCUUUGGCCUCUCUCUGAUCACCAACAAGGUAGUGAAGAGUUAUGAGGACUCGGACAGUGUGAACCAUGAGGGCGUCCUGGAGGUCAGCCGGCUGCGCUCUCAGACAGUGCAGCAGCUGGUGACAGAACUGAUCAGCAGGAUGGAGAUCAAUAACAACACCACCAAUAAUACUAUCUGAACACACAAACACAAUGUACAUAUUUGAUUGUUGUAUUUCCAACAUUUUUUAGACCUUUCUCCUACUUUUGUUUAUCAGCCUUCAUGUUAUUUUUUACUUUUUCUGUAAUAAAAACUUUAUUUAUAUCAACAAGGUGCAUAAUAAUUCUCUAUAGGGAUGCAUUUGAAUGCAAGGAUUAAUUUAUGAUAUUUUAUGUUACGGAUCCUACAGAUUAAUAUAAGGAUGACCACUGUGUUCGAUGGUGCUUUUAUAUAAAAAGACAUGAGACAAAGAUUUUUCUAAAGAUUCUUCUCUUGUUCAUUGUUCCUGUUGAAUUAUGGGAUUUUAUUUUGUAAAAAAAAAUCUGCCUGAUCCGCAUUAAUCUGAUUAAAACAUGCUGACAACC